AUGGAUCCAGACACAAUCCUAAUCCCCGCCUCCAUCGCCCUGGCAGUCUACCCCUCCUCCUCACCCUCCUCGUCCUCCCCCAUCAUCCGGCGGUACCACCAACGCUACUCGCAAUACCUACCCCUCCACACGCUCUCCGCGCACACCCUCUCCCUCCGCGACCGCGUCGCAGACGCAAUAAUGCGGUUCUUCCUCCCCUCGUCCUGGCGGCGCAACGCACACCUGCACCAGCCGGACAACGAUAAUAUCAGCAUUGACGAGGAGGAGGGCGAGUUGAUGGUGGGGAUGGAUAUGGAUGCAGAUGCGCGGAGGAGGAGGGAGGCGUUGGAGGCGAGGCGGAGUUUGGGGCCGGAUAUGGAGACGGAGGGGAGGUUGAGUCGGGAGUUGGAGGAGGGGUUUAUGGAUGAGAGUGAUGAGGAGGAGGAGGAGAGGGUUGUUAGGGGGGUGUUGGGGAUGAGGCGGUGA